UGUACUAGGUGAAAUGCGAUUACACCAUCGCUGUAAACAUUCAGUGAGCGGCUGGUGCCUUCAUGGUUCAAACGUACAACCUCGUCUGUCCUUCGAAAUAGUAGUUUCGGUAUUGACUGCGAAAUAAUAACGAGAACAGUUGGAAAGCCUGUGCACAUAGUACGGCGUAGAACCUGGUCAAAUGUAUGCGUGAAGUUAGCGGUGCGGUAAUUUCGGACGAUGGAAGAAUUGCGGUAGCCUGAGCUACGUACGUCGUACCAUUCCUGUCGCGGGACGUUGUAGUGGGACAGGUGAAAUAUGAAACAUUAUCGUAUCUGAUACCUGUCCUACAAAAACAAAUUUUUCAUAGCCCAGUAGACAUUUCUGCGCGUGUCUGCAUACACUGGAUCUAUGAUGGAUUUUCCCUUGAAAUUUACCAGUGCAGUUGACCCAGUGAGGUAGCCACAGUAAACCUUCUGAUACAACCUGUUGCCUUAUUUUGGGUCCAUCUGAAUCCCUUACAAAGCUGUUUUUGAUAUUUGCAAUGAUGUUUGUUUGUCGGGUGCUGGAAAGAUUGUUGUUCCUUCAGACAGUAGUAUUUUGUGUAACAUUCUCUAAAACAUUGACGUUACCAAGUAACAGUGCUACUGGAGUACUGGACAACAUUGACUCGCAGGAUUUUAUCCUGGAAGAAAGUUAUUCCAAGUCCAGUAAAACGGGUAUUGAGAUUCCCCAAGAAGACGUAUCCAGCACGAACACACCUACAGAAUCAUCUCAUCCCUUACAUUUAAGCCCAGAGCAUCAGCAUGGGAGACAGGGGCUGCCGCUGGAAAGGACCCGGCCCUUCGUGGUGGUGGACGGUCACCAGAAAACCCUGAAUGAAGCCUUGCAGAAUGGUCACCCAGAAAAACUGCAGUUUGGCUUUCAAGUCGGGGACAUCCUCUACUUUUUGGACCUAGAAAAGAACCAUGAUCUUCUUCCCAAGCCUCCGAACAUCUUCUACUAUCUUCCCAACGGAACCGGGGUCUCCGUGGAGGUCGACCAUGUGACACACUGCUACUACCAUGGCACAGUGAGAGGGUUCUCUAAGUCCAGAGUGGCUGUCAGCACGUGCUCUGGUCUUAGAGGCGUCGUGGCCAUCAACUCCACCCUGAGCUUCGAGCUCCGUCCAGAGGAGGACCACGAGGCAGAGGAGAGCGGGGAGCAGAGCGGAGGGGGACAGGAAGAGGGCAUGCUGCUGCUCCUCCCCACCACACCUCUGGAGAGCUCCGGGCUGGGAGGCUGUGGGGUUUCCCACACCCCUGUACCCCCCCUACACGUUGUACCACACGUACACAGGAGUAAGAGAGACAUUCUUUCUGAGACCAAGUACAUUGAGCUAGUGCUUGUUGCUGACCACAAAGAGUACCAAAACUAUCAAAAGAACAACAAAACCAUAAUUUAUAGGCUGCUAGAUGUUGCCAACCAAGUAGAUUGGUUCUACAGACCCCUGAACGUGCGCGUGGCUCUGACAGGGCUAGAGAUCUGGAGCGACCAGGACAAGAUCCAGGUGGAUAAAAGUCCCACCGACACCCUGAACCGCUUCCUGGAGUGGCGGACCCGGGAGUUGCUCCCCCGCCUACGCCAUGACAACGCUCAACUGGUCAUGGGUGAAUCGUUUGAUGGGACCACAGUCGGAAUGGCAUCCCAGUCCUCCAUGUGCUCCAAGGAUCGAUCGGGAGGAGUCAAUGUGGAUCACCUGGUCAGCGUCCUGGGGGUGGCCUCCACUGUGGCCCAUGAGCUGGGUCACAACCUGGGCAUGAGCCACGACACGGCCGAGCGGAGGUGCCAGUGCCAGAACGAGCCCCGUCUGGGAGGCUGCAUCAUGGAGCCCUCGACUGGGUUCAUGCCGGGCCAGCUGUUCAGCAGCUGCAGUGCCCGGGACCUCUCCCUCAGCCUGCUCCACGGAGGGGGCAUGUGCCUCUUCAACGUGCCCCAGCCAGACGAGCUCCUGGGGGGGCCGCGAUGUGGGAACCUCUACGUUGAGAAGGGGGAGCAGUGUGACUGCGGCCUCCUGGAUGAGUGUAACGACCCCUGCUGCAACGCCACCACGUGCCAACUGGUUCCUGGGGCCCAGUGCUCCUCGGAUGGCAUCUGUUGUGAUAACUGCAAGCUGCGUGCGGGUGGCUGGGUGUGUCGGGAGCCUCUUGGGGAGUGUGACCUCCCAGAGCACUGCACCGGCAGCUCCCCAUACUGCCCGCCCAACGUCUUCCUGCAGAACGGGGAGCCCUGCGAGGAAGGCACUUCCUGCUGCCACAGUGGAGUGUGCGCCAGCCUCAAGGGCCAGUGUCAGAUGCUGUGGGGACCGAAUGCCACACAAGCUCCAGCCGUCUGCUUCUCUUCAGUCAACAAACAGGGCAACAAAUAUGGCAACUGUGGUCAGCUGGCCAACGGAUCCUACAUCCCAUGCGCUAGCUCGGAUGUGUUUUGUGGGAGGAUCCAGUGCCAGGGAGGAAAUGACCGUCCCCUGCUGGGCACCAACGCUGAGAUCCUGACCACCAAAGUCCGCCUCAACUACAGCGACUUUGUCUGCCGGGGAACCUACUUCGAUCUGGGCGAUGAUGUUUCGGACCCCGCCAUGGUGGCGCAGGGCACCGCCUGUGGUUCUGGCAAGGCCUGUUGGAACCAGAAGUGCCAAGAUGUGUCUGUGUUCGGGGUGGAGGAGUGCCAGAGCAAGUGUAACGGACAUGGGGUGUGCAACAGCAACAAAAACUGUCACUGUGACGUAGGCUGGGCUCCACCCGAUUGUCUGUAUACAGGCCAUGGUGGCAGUGUGGACAGUGGCCCUGCCAGGGCACCCAAAGACUCGGACCCAGCCCGCGUGGCCCUGCUGGUCAUUUUCCUCUUCGUCCUACCGGUGGUGCUCCUCUUCCUCACCCUGCGCUUCCCUCGCUGUCGCCGUAGCCUCAUCUGCCUGGGGAGUAGCAGCCCCUUUCACAAGGCCGGAGGACGCCAACAGAGUCGAACCCCAGCCACAGAGCUUGUGGAUUCCCGUAAUGGAGACCAGGUCCAACCUCUGAGGUACCACUGGAGCCGCCAGAGUGACAUGCCGCUAACACCACCCUCGAGCAAGGUCAAUGACAGGCCUGCUCCACCUAAUAAGCCACUCCCCCCUGACCCUGUCCUAAAGCACUUCCAGACCCUUGGACCACCUAAACCACCAGUACCCAGAAAACCUUUACCUCUGGACCCCAUUUCUCAACUCAGCCACUCUGGGUAUGCAACAUCAGGUGUCCAACUACAACAUGAAGCAGGUUUGACUCCAGUUCCACCCAAAGGCCCUGCAGUGACAGUCCUCCCAUCCAGACGUGCCCCUUUACCUCCGAUACGGACUUCCCAAGGUCGAACCCUCAACUCAACACCACUAGUUUGACGUUUGGACAUCUGCCAAAUCACCCAAAAUUCUAGGAUUCCCCAGAACCACGUACCUACAUAGGAGUCCCAUUGACCCACCUGAGAGGUAGAGAGGCUCUCCAGUAGGAUUUGGGAUCAAAAUCAUUCUCCCUUCAACAAUGUCCUGUUCGUGCUGAGAAGUGAGCCGGACGGCUUAAGGAGUGUUUCAGAGCAGAGUUGGGACGGGUCAUUGCAAAAGUGACCUUCAAGAAACCUGAGGCAUUAUGGAUGGUUAAAGGUACAUGGUCACGAUGGAUGAACAAAGUGAAAAUAAGGAUUCCAGUGUCUCUGGGGAUCAUUGAAGUACUACUAGAGUGAACUGACAAAUCAUCCAAACUCUAAUGAGAUCCCAGGCCAGUACAGUGUUAAGAUGUUAGUAUGUGAAAAGGAUGCGAGUAGCACAGAUUUUUAUUCAAUUUUAAUCACUCCUCCCCAAAGCUUCACCCUAGCUGAAUACCUUUAACCCUUGUGUUAUCUUCGGGUCAUUCUGACCCAUCAGUCAUUGUGACCCACCGUCGUAUUGCGACAACUUUACCGCAUACCAAAACAAAGUGAAUCAUUUUCUUUUAACCGUUGGGCUGUCUCAGACCCCCCACAUUGCGAUGGUUAAAAGAAAAUAAUUUUUAUUUGUUUUUGUAUUGGGUAAAAUUGGGUAAACACAACGAUGGUUCGUUAUGAACCUUUGGGUCAUGUGACCCGAAGGCAGCACAAGGGUUAAUAGAUUCUUUCCAAUGCCUGUGUCUGCAACUGUCACACCUUGUUGAAUACAAACUAUAGGAAAUAAUUGACACUCUGCUUAAAGGACUUGGUUUAUGUGAACUGCAAAGGAAACAAGUCCUGCCCCCAGUUUGUUAUGCCCCUCAAGCACUGACUUGACUCUUAGCACUACACUUGGACUCUGUUUGGAGCCUCGCUUCCAUAGUUGCACAAAAAAAAGCCUUAUCAGAAGUUGUGACUCACUUUGGUUGGAUUUGCCUGAAAAUGACUCAGUUAGUGUCUGUCUUGAAGGGCUUUCGUGUGUUGGAAGACAUGAGAUGACAACGUUGGCAGCCAUUUUCUCACAAACGAAGCGAUUGUCUAUUUUUAACGGUAAAAUACAGUAUACGAUUAAAAAAUGCCAAAGAACGGGUUAGGAGAGGUGGAGAUGGUAAACUGGCCAUUGAAAUUUCACGACUUUUGAUAUACAUGGAUGUGGAGGCUACUUCCUGAAAAUGGACCAAUCCACCAACAGUGGAUUCAUUGCCUUUUUUGUACCCUUCGGUGCACUGUGUAUCGCACUAAUACUGUCCCCUUUAAGCUAAGUGCACUGUUAAAUUGAGGACUCUUUCUUUGGAUGAAUGGAUAAAUGCACGUUCAUGUUACAAGGUACAAGUGUUAAACUUGUAACGCAGCAGAUAUUCAAUCUUUACUCACACCACUUCAGCACCAAACCUGGGACAACACACCAACUGAAUGUAUGAUUAAAAAAAAGAUUGAACAUUUUACUGUACUUAAUAUCUGACUUCAUAUUUUCUUCUUUGCCGGCCUCAAUUUGAUUUGAAUAGCAACAGAUUGCAUUGCUUGUAUGCUAUGUCCUAUAAUACAUUGAAGAUGACACUUCAUAAAAUAUAUUUUUAUUGAAAAAUACUGUGCAAAAAGAGAGGCUUCUGUUAGGUGUCCAUGGUCUGGACAUUAAAGUCACCAGCUUUUCUGAAAUAUUGGUUCUAAAAAAAAAAAAAAUUAUUACGUCUAAAUCAGACUAAAUUAUGUAGUGUGAUUUCAAGUGAAGGAUUGUCUGAAAUUUGGAAAACAUGUUGGACUUGUGUUAAGACUUUUAUUAUUGUUUAUUAUGAGCCUUUAAUAUGAUAGUUAAAGCAUACCUUCAUGCUUCCAUUUGAUAUAAAACCAAGAGACACUAGAUGUCCUCAGUGUAAUUCUGUUGAGCAGUUGCUUGUUAAACUAGUUUUUUUACACUUUAAAAUGGGAUUCUGUCAAAUUUGAAAAUCUAUAUUUAAGAUGUAAGACUAUAAAUAUGAAGAAGUUGAUCUGAAGAUGAUGAGAAAUAAAUUCUUACAAUACAUAAUUUGACCCUUGACACAUUUGCUAGUAUCCUUAAACAAGGUCAUAUUAACUUGUAUUAUGAAUAAACCAUGCACUCGUGAAAUUAAGACACCUGCAAAAGCUUAAAAGCACACUCCGUUUAGUUCUGUACGCACAUUUUUCUUGAUUUUUUUUCGUGAUUCAUGUGAUCUAUAGCACUAUGACCUGACUGUAAUCUGUCUGACCAUAUAUGAUUGUCAAGAAAAGACAUUGCAAAAACUCAAAUGGUCAGGUCAGUAAUGUUGUCUUCUGAAAAGACUCCUCUGUUGUGACCACUGUCUGUAAUUUUCCCACUUUCUCAAUGUUUGAGAUUUUUGCUGCUGGGGGAAAUAAAAUGGACUGAGGUUGGUUGACCAA